AUGCUGAGCCGUUAUUCUUUUGGAUCUGGAGACAAGGCUGCAGGGUUCAAGGAAAGUCUAAAUGCCAAGACACAAUCAGUCCCCUUGAUGAUCCAUUGGUUGCAGCUGUCUGACUCUGCUGUGUACUACUGUGCUCUGAGGCCCACAGUGACAACAGGAUAAACAGCCCCCUUUAAAAAAAAACUGUGUGUGUACGUGGGUGUGUACAGAACUUUUUGUUGUGUGCCAUUUUUUAAGUCAAGGGGAGGUGUUACAUAAUUGAGGCAGAAGAAAGGAAAUACCUUUCAUAGCUGACAGUGAGAAACCAGGGGAGUCAUUCUGUCAUAACUAUACUUGUGUUCCCUAUUUUCACUGUGUUAAAUAACACUUACCAUAAUGAUACUGGGAUCAAUUUUAAUAUUUGCACUAGUGGGUGAGUUUGAUGCUGUUCUUCAUAUCCAAUCACUAUGAAUGUAGUUACUGAAGACUGGAGUCAUAUUCCUGUGAAGGAUCUUUUGACAAUUUUUAAUACACUUGACUGAAUAAUGAGUAGAAUUGUAUGAUAAUUUCCUGAUAAUAAUUCCUGUUUUCAUAAAUGUUUUCCAGGUGGCAGUCAUGGGAAUGACAUUACUCCAACAACAGAUAAGGUGAUUGGGUUGGAGGGUGAUGUCAUAAAGCUGUCCUCUAACUACUCCUCUGCUAGUAAUCUCCAAUGGUAUCGACAGUACCCUGGAUCAUCUCCCAUCUUCCUCCUCCUCACCGGAGUGUCCUCAAACCCCGCUGUAGUGAACGCUACUCCUCCAUACCCACGGCUGUCUGUUAAACUGAAUGAUGAGAGAACCCGUGUGGAUCUGGAGAUCUCCUCUACUGAAGUGACAGACUCUGCUCUGUACUACUGUGUCCUGCAGCCCACAGUGACAGGAAACCCAGAAACACUGUACAAAAACCUGAACUGAAUAAAACUGACAUACCCUAAGUGAAAAAAAUCCAUCAGGCUAAUUUUAAAUGUUAUCAUUACCUUGUAUAGAUAAAACACACCUACACUGAAAAUGAACACUUCAAUAUUUUAAAUUAACAACAAAAGAAUAUGUUGAUUCCAAUUUUGAAUGGAAAAGUGAGAGAAACCCAAUAAUGCUAUCUGAUUGUUUUGCUGAUUUAUACUUUAGAUUCUAGAUUGAAAUAUGAAACCAAAAUAAACUGUGAAAAUGAAUGCCUCAUGUUCAAUAGAUUAAUUAUCUAACAUAUCUUCCCUUCAAGCAAUGUUUCCCCCUAUGACAUCACAGUAGACAGUUCAGAUCCUUCUGCCAACUCUGUUGACCUAAAAUCAAGAAAAUAAAUGGAGUUUUUUCCAAUAUCCAACAGAGGGAGACUAAGGUAAUCAUAUUUCAGUGCAGCCCUGCAUUUUGAGGAUGUGACAGUGGCAUCAAGCAGCAGCAAGAAGUCUGCUGUUACUUCUGCUCAUCUGACAACUCUCUGUAUUUUGGGGUGGGGCUUCAAAGGUUUGAGAACAGAUGGUCCAUUCAAAACUAGAAGGAGGAGGAUGUUUUUUAGUAUACACAAAUCUUGUUGUGCUGUGUGUUAUCAUUUUAACUUCCAGUUUCAGCCACAAUGUCAAUCCCCACAUUUAAUUUGCUUUUAGUACUUGCAUGUAAGUAAUCUACUUAAUUGUUUUAUGUUGAAUCUAAACUAAGUGUUGAUGCGUUGAAAAUAGUAAUAAUAGAAGAAUAACAUAUUUUGCAUCUCUUGCAGGUGACAGUAAUGGUCAGACCAUUGAGCCAACCAGAGAGGAGGUGUAUGCUCCAGCAGGUAGCAAUAUUACACUUUCAUGCACCUACUCAUCUGCAGUCUUUCUUCAGUGGUAUCUCCAGGACCCUGGAUCAGCUCCUCAGUAUAUCCUGCUUAUCCUGCAUGGUGUUGGGUCUCCAUCACAGGCUCCAGGUCUGGAUCCUAGACUGUCAGUCAAAAUAAAUGAUGAAAAGACUUGUGUGGAUCUGGGGAGCUCUUCUGCUGAAGUGACAGACUCUGCUCUGUACUACUGUGCUGUGAGGCCCACAGUGACAGGAAACCUACACACACUGUAAAAAAAACACUCAGCAGGGAGCACAUCAGCAGGAAUUUAUCUGGGUUAUUUUUUUUACUUUUCUCUAACCCUUACUUUGAAGACAUCAAAACACUAAUGAAUGAUUUAAUGUCUCCUAUUAAUAAAGCCUAUGACUGGAAUGUUUCACCUGUCCUUAAGGUGGUUUUAUUUUGUUAUUCACACUCAACGGUUAAAUGUGAAACUUUGAUUGUAAGAUUGAUUGUAAGAAAAAUAUUAUAAUAUUUACAAUAGCCGUUAUGAAUUUUCAUAAUAUUGUUGCGGUUUCAGGGGUUGUGUUGUGGAUGGACGUUAUGUACCUGCGAGGUUCCUUUGUUUUUUGGCUGCCAGGACCACGGACAGCAAUGUGAAGUAUUCCCCAGAGGCAGGACCACAGACAGCUCAGUGGAACUUCUAGUCUGCAGCAGACCAGACACAUCUGUUUCCAGUUGUAAUCAGAGCCAAACUGCAGACAGGUGAAACCAAUCAGUUACUAAACUUAACCAUGCCCUAGGUUUUCUUUCUUUGUUUUUUUUGUUGACCCCGGCAGGUGAAGGAGUAGGAGGUUAUUGGAGAGACAGAGCGUACGGUGGAGAAGUAGGUUUUAUAGAAGAAAGGAAAUUAUGAUUUCAAUAAGGAUUGAACCCCCAAAGACAAAGCUUGGAGGACCUUCCACUGGUGGUGAAGUGUUUACUUUGUUUGUUUUGGGUUUUGUAUAUCAACAACGCUGUCAAAGCUUGAUAUUAAUAAUCCGGUAUAACCCUUCACUUGGACUAGUGUUGUGUGUUUGUAUGUGUAAAACCGGCCUUACAAAGAACCCAGUGCCGAAAACACUACAAUUUGUUAUCAUUGAAAUGUGUAUCAAACUGUUGAAGAGCGACUAAAAAUUAUGAAGGGUUUUCUUUAUAUUUACCCACAAACAGCCGUUUCCGCAGCUCCUGGCUGAUCUUCAGGUGAGGUACCUUCUUAUCCUACAUGUGCUGCCCACUACACCUUCUGAAGGAUGGGUUGAUCAGGCCAAAGUGAGCCAAGUUUCUUAUCCACUGCUUCUCACUCUUCAGCCACAAUAACUGAGAUGUUCUCUCUGCCUCCUGAUCAGUUAUGUGACAUUUCUUCUUUGUCUCUGCUCCUCCUGUAGACUGCCCUCCACAGUUAUGAAGUCCAGUGACAAGGUUUUUCUAUGUAUAAUAAUGAUACAAUAGUUUCAUCUAGUGUUCAACAUUCUGCCCAACAAGGUGAAACCUUGACAUUGCUUGUAUUUUCAAGGGUAAGUUACUAGUGAGAGUCAAUAGGUGUCAGUGGAGUCUUAUCAGUUUGCUUCUAUUCCUUUAAGCUAUAAAUAUAAUUUGCAUGGGCUGCAUCUCAAUCCACCGCAUCAGGCUAUGGCGGUCUUUCGCAUCUGUGGUGGAAGGUGGCCGAGUUUCAGCGGUGUUUGUCAAACCAUGUGACAUCACGAAAAUCGGUCUUCUCACAAAAACGUCUGUACGGUUUGGACUAGAAAAAUGAUAUGACCACUCUAUUGAAAGAUGAGACUCUCACGAAUACGUAUGUAGUGUACGCACCGUUUGGGCUACAAACUACUGUGACCCCACUGUGAAAAGGGGAGAUUCUCACAAACAUGAUGGAUAAUUUAAGGGGUUAAAUAUGUGUUUUUCCUGAGCUUGCUUAUAUCUCCUAGAUCUAGAACUGACACUUAACCUUAUUCCGUGUGAUUUAUUUUUUGAAUGUCAUUUCUUGUCAUUUAUGACUGUGUUAUUCAAUGCGUUUCUAUGGGAUUUGGUAGUAAAGGCAAAUCAUUUUGUUAUGUUUUUUUAUACCUAAAGGGGUCCUAAACUUCCAAAUCAAAUAGCUAAAUGAUCCAUGGUAUGACCAUCUUAAAAUAAUUACAUAUGUCAAUUUAUAACACCCGCCCCCAACCUUUUAAAUGAUGCAUGCAGCAUGUCAACACUUUACAGGUGUCGUUGUGGUAUAAUUUCCCCCACAAUUAGCAUGUCAAACUAAAUCAACCUGAGAAGGGCAGCAUUUCAAAGGGAAUCCUUCUAGCAUUUCAACUAAAUUGAAUAUACAUUUAGCUUCUCCCCUGCUGCAGAGCCCCACAAUUAUGAGACUUCUCAGCUACAGUGGAUAAAAUAUAAAAUCUGUAACAGUCUAUUCUUCCUCUAUACAUGAAUCAUAAUGGCACACUGGCUUAGGAAUACUGUACUUAUCCUGGCUGCAUGAUAUUUUGGUACAGUAUAGUGCUUCUCCUUUCUACAUUCUCAUUCUCUGAACCUUAGCCUAUUAUGUAUUAUAAAACCCCAAAUAUAUUUUUUUCAGAUUGCAGAGGUGAAGAGGCUGUUGACCAGCAGAGUGGACAUGUUGCUACCCUUGAAGGAGGACUGGUAACACUCACUACCAGUAGUCCAUCUCCUAAUCUCUUCUGGUACAUCCAGUUAACUAGGGACUCUCCUCAGUAUGUCCUGAGAAGAGAUCGUUAUUCAGAAGGGAGCAAAAGUGAUGAGUUCAAGAAGAGGUUUGAUUCCAGGCUGAAUUUCACAUCUAGCUCUGUCCCCUUGACGAUCCAUAGGUUGCAGCCAUCUGACUCUGCUUUGUACUACUGUGCUCUGAGGUCUACUUAG